GCGCGCGGUGGAGGUGAAUUUCUGUAUGAAAUAGAAUACGAAUAUAGCAUAUAUUGUAUUUUAUUUUAGUUUAGCCACCCAGGUAAUUUAAUUAUGCCCAGCAAAAAGAAGAAAUACAACGCCAGAUUUCCUCCGGCAAGGAUUAAGAAGAUUAUGCAGACAGAUGAAGAAAUAGGCAAAGUGGCUGCAGCAGUGCCUGUUAUUAUAUCAAGAGCACUGGAGCUUUUUUUGGAGUCCUUGCUUACAAAGGCUUGUCAAGUCACCCAAUCUAGGAAUGCAAAGACAAUGACAACGGCACAUCUAAAGCAGUGCAUUGAGCUGGAGCAGCAGUUUGAUUUUUUAAAAGACCUGGUUGCGGCGGUGCCAGACAUGCAGGGAGAGGGGGAAGAGAACCACACCGAGGGGGGAGGAGAGAAAGUCCCACGGAGAGGUCGAAAACCAGGGUCUGGUCGCAAAAACGGAGGUGCUGGCGCCAAAGGCAAGGACAAGAAGUUAUCUGGAACAGAGUCGGAGCAGGAGGACGACAGUGAAGACAGCGAGACAGACGGGGACGACGAGGACGGCUCUCAGUCUAGCACACAUCUGCAGGCUCCAUCCAGGUUCCACAGCUCCAACACCCCCCCUCAGUAUAUGCACAUGGCCAACAUGGUCCCAAUGGGCAACAUGGCUCCAACGCAACCUCCGGGCACCGUGGCCUUUGCCCCACACGCCUCCAUGAUGAGCAUGGCACCACCUCCCACAGUCCCUGCACCGCACAAGAACGGGGACGACGAUGACGACGACGAAGACUAUGACUCUUAGCUCGUUCUCAGCACUCCGCUCACACACUCUCUCAUUCUCUUCUAACACACACAGACACACACACACACACAGUCAAUGUUAUUUUUCAAAUUCUUAAGUUGUUUUUCUGGCAGCUGCUGUAAGCAGAGGAGAGAGAGACUCUUCAUUGCAGCCUGCUGACCAAAACGCCCUUGGCGGCCAGCUAUAAGAGCCACCACCACCGCGAGAGACACAAAGCCUGUACAUUAUGUGUUUUAAUUUUCUUUUUCUUCUUCUUCUUUUUUUUUUUUUUU